AUGUCCGCGCCUUUCCGUCUCGCCCCGCUCAGUUUGAAUUGGAACAGACGCGAGUCAAACGACUCUACAUGCGAUCCUAACAUAGAGCGCAUCGCCGACGAUGUUCUCAUGAAGAUUGAAAAUUUCGUGGAAGAAGCCGAGCAACACUUAGCCAAAGGCGAAGAAGACAACGAGAAGAACGAUCAUGAUUUCAUAUGCAGAUGGAUCACGACCUUUCAAACAUGUCUCAAACAGCACGAACAAGCGGAGGAGAAUCCAUCCAAUAGCUCGCAGUCGCAACAACGGUAG